UUGCCAAUUAUAAUUCCCUCAUAUGGCAGCUUCUGCACUUCGCUGUGGAUGCGACGGGAAAGCAGAAGCCCAAUAGUCCUGCUGACUCUCUCUCUCUCUCUCUCUCUGAUCACGCGUGAGAUAUUUCUUUUGGGCGUCUUGCAACCAUUUUUAAAGCCCGCAGCCCGCAAACAGACCUCUGAACACGGUCAAGGAGGGGAAAACUGAGAAGAUGAAGGGUAUCUUGAUCACUAUCGCCACACUGUUUUUGUUCUGCUGUCUUGGAGGUGCCUUAAAGUGUUAUAAUUGUGAUCCUGGUUCAUGCAGAACUGAAGAGGAGUGCUCACCUGACAAGGAUGCUUGCUUAAUCGUCAGGUUUGGUGGAAGAAAUGUCUCCAAGUGCUGGAAAUAUUCCCGAUGCACUAAUGAAUACAUUUCCAUAGACUUUACUCUCAACAACUUUAGAUUUCAUUGCUGUCAGAAAGACUUGUGUAAUAGCAGCCCCAAAACAACAUGUAGUGAGAUAGUUCUUGGUUUAGUUUCUCUGGUUGUAAUCUGGAUGCUUCGGAGCAGAAGAGGCUUCUAAAAACAGGCUUGAUUAGUCUUUGAAGUGCUUUUUAAUUCAGGGAAACAUUUGUAACCAGUCUGCUCUCUGAAUUUCACCUUUGCAAAGUAGAAUGCUGCUUUUAACUAAAAUGUCUCACGGAGGUAAAUGAUCAUGAGAUGAGUAAAAUGUUUUGGGAAAGCUUUUGAAUCUCUCAGCGCUGCUGAAUUCCAUGCAUAUCCAUUUGUAAGAAUUUAUUACAGUAUAGUGGCUACUUUACAUUUGGAUCUUUUUCAGUUAAAAAAUAAAUCAAUCCCCACUGCAUGGUCUGUCGUGGAACCCAAUCCGCCGGGGUAGGGUCAAAUGCAUGAUCAUGAGGACUAUCCUCAGAGGAUUGGCAGAAGAUCUGAAGGGGGCUCUUUCUGCAAGUUGUCCUGAUGUUUAUUGUAUUGGAAAUCAGUUAUUCAACAACACUGAAAUAAACUUGUAAUAAAAAAUGCUGAUAAGUCUG